CAGUCCUUCAACAGACUGCUGAUGAGCUGAACUUGCUGAAUCUGUGGAAGGGGCUGAAGUGUCUUCAGCACAACCACAAGAGCAUCGGAGUUACUUCGUGCGUUUAGGUUCCCUGUCAACCAAACUUCGCCAACGUGCUUACCGCUACUCCCUAAACAAGAUGAGACACACCAGUCAAAGCAUCAGAGAGGCUCUUUCCCAGCUUCAUGAAAACAUAGGACUGAUUGAAUACCUUAAGCAAGGUGUUUCUCCCCAAGAAGUCCAGGAGAAGUUCCAUCACAUAUGGCUGAGCUGGAAUAGAGAGCAGCCAGAAAGCAGUGAAAUGAAGGAUUUGGCGAAACCAGAGAUGGAGUCUGACACCCUGGCUAUUUCCCGCAGCAUUAUCCAGCAGCUGCAGGAUGCCUGCCAGAUGCUAGUAGCCAGCAUUCAAGGUCUCCCCACCAACUUUCAGGAUAAGGUGAAACAGAUGUAUCACAACAUGGAAGAGCUUCAUGCAUCCUUCUCCACUGCCCAUUCCUUCCAGGAUCUCUCCAGCAGCCUCCUAACCCAGAGCCAGGAGAUGGUGACCAAGGCCCAGGAAUAUGUAGAUGAGCUGAUGGCAUACGUGAUGGAGACUGCUCCUCUGUCUUGGGUUGUGGGACCCUUCAUCCCAUUGGGUAAGGUGUCUGCAGAUGCCAUUGAACCACACAACCAAGAAAAUGAGGCUGAGGAGGCCUCCAAGUCUAAGGAGGUCCUGUGACCUAGAAACCUGAAACUUCUACUUCUAAGGAAGAAAGCACAUUCAUUCAGUCUUCCUUCUGACUUGAUGUGUACUAGCAUAUAUCAAAGACACCAGUGGCUAGUACUCGUAUGCACUGUGCCUAAAUCUCUCCAAUGUCUGGCGGUGUUGUGUGACUGCUCUAAUGUAGAUCACUUCUCAGCUCAGAUACUACUUGUUUGUGUUACCACUGUCUUCAAAAUAAAAUGUCACUUCAUUUGAAUGAAGGUCUAAUCUGC